CAAGCUCCUUGAACUCGAUGUGUCAACAAACCCAACAUAUAAACCUGUUUACACUGUAAAAUUGAAAGAAUAAGAAAUCUAUUUUGAACUGCUAAACGAGUUAAUUAUGGAGCCCGACAGAAAUACUAUGGUUGCUGUUCUGCAACUCCUCCGUAAAUAUAAUUUGAAGGGAACCGAAGAGUUAUUGAGAAAAGAAGCGAAUUUAACAGACGUGACGAUCGAUGACAAUCAACAGACUGAUUCAGAAGUGAGCAAUGUCUUGUCAGCCUACAAAAGUGAAGGUGAUCCUGCCCUCUACGAAAAAGCAUACAGCGAGUUGAAAAAAUUUGUCGAGAGUGCACUGGACAUUUACAAACAUGAACUGGGAACAAUACUCUACCCAGUACUGGUCCACAUGUACCUGGAGCUGGUAUACAACAAUCACUCGAAGGAAGCCAAACAGUUGAUGGAGAAGUUCAGUGGAAACCUCGAGGAAUAUUACCAAAGUGACUUGAAGAAAUUGUCUAACGUGACAACGAGAGAACAAAUGGCUGAGAACGAGCUGUCAGACACCUUCAAGUCGAAUCAGUUCAUCAUCAGGAUAUCGAGAGACACUCUUUCGAUACUGAAACGUCACUUGCAGGAGAAAAAACACAGUGUCUUGUUGAAUAUAAUCCAGGAGCACUUGUAUUUCGACAUGUACGAAGGUGUUGCCAGGAAUAAACAGCAGAUUCAGGCCACCUCAGGAGCUAUGUUGGGUGAGGCAACGAGACAGGACAACAAAACAAAAGUCUAUUAUGGACUCUUGAAAGAACCAGACAUCCAGUGUGUUCCACCAGCCGAGGAGGAGGAGGGUGAGGAGGGUGCGACAGAGGGGGACAAGCCAAAGAAGAAAAAACCGAAGAAGGAUCCAUUAUUCUCGAAAAAAACUAAAUCAGAUCCUAACGCACCCCCUGUGGGACGCAUGCCUCUUCCAAACCUCAAAGACGUUGACAAAUUAGAGAAGAUAAAAGCCUUGCGAGAAGCCUCGAAGAGGGUCAACCUCAGUGCGGACUCCCUUCCUUCAAUCUGCUUCUACACCCUCUUAAACAGUGUUCACAGUGUGACAGCUGCAGAAGUCGCCGAGGAUUCGAGCCUCCUAGCUGUGGGUUUCUCCGACUCAACUUUGAAGGUUUGGAGUCUGGUCCCACAGAAAUUGAGGCUUAUGAAGUCAGGGGAAUCUCUGGUUGAUAUCGAUCGAGAGGCUGAUGAUGUUUUAGUCAGGAUGAUGGACGAUAGAACUGCUGAGACUGUGAGGACUCUCUAUGGUCACAGUGGGCCUAUUUAUAGUUUGAGUUUCAGCCCUGAUAGGAAUCUUCUGUUGUCUUGUGGAGAAGAUACUACUAUUCGAUUAUGGUCCCUCCAUACGUGGACCUGUGUGGUCUGUUACAAAGGGCACUUGUUCCCCGUCUGGUGCGUUCGCUUCUCCUCCCAUGGCUACUAUUUCGCCACGGGUUCCCACGACAAAACAGCGAGACUUUGGGCAACAGACUCCAACCAGCCCCUGAGAAUAUUCGCUGGUCAUUAUUCAGACGUCGAUGUCGUUCAAUUCCAUCCCAAUUCGAAUUACAUCGUGAGUGGCUCCAGUGACAUGACAAUCAGACUCUGGGACUGUGUCACUGGAAAUCAAGUCAGGCUGAUGACAGGGCACAAGGCCCCGAUCUUCGCGUUGUCGUUCUCCAUUGAGGGGAGGUUUUUGGCAUCCUCUGGGGCUGACAACAGAGUUCUUGUCUGGGAUCUCGCACAUGGACAUCUUGUUGCCGCUUUGUCUGGACAUACUGGCACUAUUCACAGUCUCUCCUUCAGCAGAGAUGGAAAUAUUUUGGUGUCAGCUUCACUGGACUGCACAUUAAAAUUAUGGGACUUCACCAAACUAGCGGAGGAAAUGAGUCUCGAGGACGUCAACGUAUCCCACAAUCCGGACGUCAAGACAUCGGCCGAGUGCUACCUCCUGCGUACAUUUCCAACGAAAAAUUCACCAGUAUUGGCUCUCCAUUUCUCCCGAAGGAAUCUCCUCCUCAGUGUUGGAAUGCCAAUUGUUUCAGAAAAUUAUGAAAUGCUCAAAGCGUUGUACGACUUCAAAGCAACAUUCGCCAAGACCCUGAGUUUCAGUGAGAACGAUCACUUCAUACUGCACCAAUCAAACACGAAGCAGAGGAACUGGUGGCAGGUGGUCAACAGUGCAGGUCAGCUCGGCUACAUCCCCUCCAACUACGUGACAACCGUCAAGGUCGAGCCCCAGUUCAUGAUAAAUUUCCUCGACAAAUGCAUCGAGAAACUGCGAAGUGAAUUCUCAAAGCCAGGAGUUCCAUUGCCAAUCGACAAACAGGAUCUGGUUCAAAGACUGAUUGAGAAGAAGAGGCAGGCGGACCUGAGUCGGAGACCUAAGAAGCAGGCGCCACAGCCUCCAACGUUCACCAACUCAUCCCCAGUGAAAGAGCCCUCAUCAACUCCCCAAGACACCAAUGACGAGAAGCUAAAUAAAAUAGUCAGCAAUGUCACACCUAAAGCGAAGAUCCUUCCUUACGAGGGAGACACCAACAUCAGCCCUCAAAUAAAACCAGAACGCAAGAGUUCCAUCACCGAGCAGCAAAACAGACCUCUAUUUCUUCGACAAACAUCUUCGGAGAUGGUUCAGCACGUGUAUUCUGAGAAGGAAGACAUCCUGAAGAGUGUGUCCCAAUCGAACGUGCGAGAGACUCGAUCCUCUCCGAAGAAGAACAAACAAUCACCAUCCGAAAUGGACUCCCACGCGGCUUACAAAAUCCUCGACGAAGUGAGAAAACACACGCAGUUGAGCUACGAAAUGUCAAAACUGGCUGUGACUGUCGUUGUCUCUGGGCUGCAGCAGUAUUUACCGAGUAAUAUUAGUCACUACUUCGACAUUGUACUGAAUCAAUUAGAGAAACCAUUAAUGAUAUCGAAUAUGAGUAUUGAGGAGACGUACGACGCCGAGAGGCUGAAGGUCAUUUUCGUUGAAUUGACUUCCUGCAAAGAGGACUCACAGCAACGGAGUUGGAUGCUUUACGAGGACGAGGCCGUUAUAGUAGAUUAUAUCAAGGAACUCACUUCUAUCCUGACGAAUGCCGAUGCCAAUGUCUCGAGGCACGCACUGAGGCUAGACCAAUACAACGGAAUUAACACGUUGAUACAGUACUAUCAGAUGGAAGCGAGGUGGACAAUUAGGCAACUACUCCUUCAAUCCUUCGGAGUCAUGUGCAGCUUGGACCCAGUAGUCGUCACCAUCAUGCUGAAUAGUAUUCUUCCGAUGGAGCUGGCCAGGGACAUGAGGAGCAACCCCAGAAAUGUCCCGAAGUUGAAUUACUCUUCUCUUCUACUCACCAUGAUUUUUUCAAUGGGAGAACGAAUGCCGAUCACUCAUGUCGAGCAAUUGGGCCCGGAGUUCAUAUCGUUUCUGCUGGAGUUGAUUGAGGAUCCACCGGACACCGAUCUGGACGACCAAAUUCCGGAUCUAUUUCUCAAUCUGAUAUUGUCGUAUAAUCUUCAGUUCAGCAGCUCUGAGAAUAUUUUACUGAAUUCGCUGAAGGCGCGCUCCAAUGCCAAGACAUUCACACAGAAAAUUCUACUUCUGCUUAAUCGAGAAGAGGAUCCUGUCCGGAUAUUUGACCACGAGCCUGUGCCACCCCACUCGGUCCUCAAAUUAUUCAUCGACUUGUUCGGAAGUGAAAUAACAGCAUCUCUAUUCUAUACGAAUGAUAUCAAAGUUCUUAUUGAUAUUGUGCUGCGGCAACUGUUUGACAUUCCACCCGGGGAAAAGAGGCGUCUAUAUCUGGAGCUCUGCCGACGUGUCUUGCGAACAUCUGGCUAUGACGAUCACCGACAUAGAUCUGAAGAUCUCCUCAAGUGUUUCACACGCAUAUUCUGCGAAGAAGGGCCAGAGAGUCAAGGGGAUCAGCAACUGAUCCGUGAAAUCAGCGUUGAAUUUCCGAAUCUCUUCAAAAUGUGACAUUUGUUACCCCCCUCCUUCUACAGGGAGGUGGACGAUGAUGAUCUGCACACUCUUGUUUAAAUUUUAAGACAGACUAUGAAUUUGUUAUAUUUUUUUGAGUCGAUGAUUUUGUCGCUUUAUGAAGAUACUCGCUCUCUUUAUUACUGACUCGAGUGUAAAUUGACGAACGAUUGAGUCAGUGAAGAGAUGAUUCUAAUGAUCGAAUUAUCAUUUACACGAUAUAUUUGCCCCAUCACUGGCUCAUCCGAUAAAGAAUAAAAAAGUAUUCACUUUUA